GUCAGACACCAAUACAGCAUACAUAAUAACCUCAUACCCAUUGGAAUUCAAAAAAUUGACGAUCAAACAAAGAAAAUGGCGGGAGCUCUGGAACUACAAAUGGUAGAGAGAGAAACUGAGAAAUCGAUAAUGGCGACGACAAGAUUAGAGCAAAAUCAAUGGCAAUGGAAGGUUCAAUAUGCUCGUUGCUUUACCUAUCCUUCUUCUUACCUUUCUAAAACCACCGUUACUACUUCUCCUUCUCCUCCUUCUUUUCUCUCUCCUCUCAAGCGAAGUCAAUUCAGGCCGUUUUGGAUAUCUUCAUCCGGACCUUCCACCGUCUCUCUUCAUCCUUCCGCUGAUGGCGACUCUGCUGCUGAUUCCAUCCUCACUGUCUCCUUACAAGGAACUAUUAUUGAAGAGCACUUCAUCUCCAAGCUGCACUUUGUCUGGCCUCAGGUGUCGUGUCUCUCCGGGUUUCCUACUCGAGGUAGCCUUGUUGUUCUAGCGAGCUACACUGAUAAUUUAGAUGAGAAGCAGAAGUUUGCCAUGCGAUUUUCAGGAGUCUCAGAAGUACAAGACUUUAUUACCUCAUUGGAGGAUAUGCUUUCAAAUAAGAUCCCUAGUGGACAUGUGGCUCUUGAUGUCAUUUCUGCAAUAUCUUCUCAGUCUGACUGUAUUCCUCCAUAUAGACCUGACACAUCAAGCGUGAGGAACCCCAUAUAUGAUUCUCCCACACCAAAGAACUGGGAUAACAAAGAUCAGCUGGACUCACUGACCCAAGAUACAGUUGCUGAUUCUCAAAGCAAUAUUGAAGCAUUUCCUCCUCGUUUCACAUCGCUUGUGUCCAGUUGCUCUGCUGAGCUCGAACAGGGUAAACAAGCUCUUGCUCUUGCAGCUGAACCUCGGUCAUUUGAUCUGAAAGCUCAAAUUUCGAAAUAUAUGCAAGAUGCAUCUUUCCUUGAUAUGGUGGAUAAAGUGAAUGAGGUCAUCACUGAACUUGGAGGUGACUUCGUGAUGUAAAAGCCCUAGAUUUAAUCUCAACGUUAAUUCAUUUGUUGUGCUAGUGCUACACUUGGGUAUAUACUUUAUAGGCAAUAUAGCAGCAUAUUCUUAUGUGGUAA